AUGGCCAACGAGAAUACGGAAAUCAAGGCAUUUAUAUCAGCAACCACUAAGCAUUGGGGCAGAAAGAUCUUUGUUCACCUCCAGCGGUUAGGGAUUCUGUCGCUGGCCUCACUGUUCGUUGGAGGCUCUGUCCUCAUUGACGUCGGACGGCGCACGACUGACGAAGGUGUACACGGUGACGCAUUCAAAAUUCUGCGGCCUGGCUCUCAUUUAGGCGUCCAGGUAUGGCUAGCCAUCCUCGGCGUCGGCUUCGGACUGCUAGCGUAUGGAUUCCAUGAAGCAUAUAACCACUUUUUCGAUUGGACGUGCACACGGAUGGCUCAAAGCGCUGAAGGCCUCAACUAUGGUCGAUACCUGAACUCCUUACCCCGGGCUCCAGUUUCCUACGGCUUCAGAGGCUUCCCUUGGCUCAUCACAUUCCGCAACAUCGUCAUCAUUUCUGGAACAGCGGCAUCCGUGGGGUACAAGUUCGCAAUUCGCGAGGUGCCCGAUUCAUCGUUCAAUAAUGCUUUGUCACAAGAGCAAGUGAUCUUGCAAACUCCACCACUUCAAAUAACUACAAACGGCACAGUCGCUCCUUGGCUUGCAGAUACACACAAUAGCGAGACAUCAAGGUCUUUCCUGCAUGGUUUCCGGAAUGAUGACCCUGAGCAUCGUCGGGAUCCCCCCAGUAUCGUUGUCAUGAUGGCGACAUCGAAUUGCAACUGGAACAUUCAACCAGAAGAUCAAGGGAACCUGUACGAGCGCGAGUUUGUCCUUAUUGCGAAUCAGAGUACGCACCAGGACCAGGAACCGCCCCCUGCUAUGCCACGCGAGGCACCCGACGGCUGGCGACGCAUGCGAACCGUCAAUUCAGACUGGCCGGCCGGAUCGGGAGAUCAGUGGGGUAAUGUAAACAGGUCACAAGCAAUGGUUGACUAUCGUAUUGAAUCAUCUCGAGCGAUUGAGAUGCGGUGGGCGCCAGCGGAGUUGUGGGACAAUCCAACCUCAUCCUCAACCGAGUCAAUACCUGCAGCAAGACAUCUUAUUUAUGAGGUCAGGUAUGCCGUGCGCAAAGUUCAACGAACCAUCCUAGGAGGAGACUGCGCGACCAUGCAGAAUUUACUCAAUUUUGUGAAUCCAUACUCCACAACAGCUGAGGAUCUUCUCACGAGUAUAGUCUCCGUUGAAGACGAGGCUCCACAAGUCAAAAAGCAACAACUAUCGUUCUCCGAGCACCACGGUCCGUGGAUCGACGCUCUAUUGCAGCUGUCCGAGACCACCAGUGCAGACGCCGCGAGUACCUUCUUGAGAUUGGCCUUGACCUACAUCGCAUCGGAGGCAGUGGAACAGAACUAUCGUGUCGGACAUGUUCCUUUUGGAGAGACUCCGUUCGGUCCUGAGCCCGGAUCAAACAGAGACAGAGACAGGGUUUACAUGCAUAUCUGGCGCAAAAAUGGAAGUGUCGGCUGUCACCACAUUGCCGCAAAGGCAUUCAUCGCGCUUGGAUGCCUUGCCAUCCUCGUUGGACUGACUCGGAUUGGUGCAGGGCCACCACAGCUUACGUCCUGGAUCGGACAACAUCUUUACAUGCACCAGGCCAACGGAACUUCACUUUUGCAAGAAUCCCCGCAUGAUGAAGAAUUAGAGCGGCUAUCUACUGGAUAUGAGGUCGCUGGGCGAACGGCGGGUACAUUACGGCUCUGA